AUGGAUUCAAACGUCAAAGGUAGCACAGAGGCCAUUCGCUUAGCUCAAGCAUCGGACUGGAAAGGGUUACACUGGUUAUUGGAACGAGAUCCACUUAUGGCUCAAAAACCUGAUGACCAUGAUAUGUUACCACUCCAUUGGGUCUGCACUGUACGUCGUGUGCCUCUUUCUCUUAUCGCCAAACUUCUUCAAGCUUAUCCAGAUGGUGUUCGAGCUAAGAACAGUGGCAAGCUACUACCACUACACAUUGCUAUACGAGCACGCGUACAGGCAUCUUGUUUACGUAAACUAUUGCGCGCAUAUCCAGGAGCAAUACACGAACAAACGCCUGAUGGCAUUACAGCUCUCGAGAUGGCAGUUGACAUUGGUCUCGAUUCAGAAAGCAUGAAGGUGUUAUAUCGAGCAUACAAACAUGGAAGUAUUCUUCAUCAGCAUCCGGAUAAUAUUUCUAACGAAGGCGAAAGUGCUGAUUCAGAUUUGCAACAAAGACUUAGUGCACAGGAAGAAGGAGAAGCAUCUGGGAUAACUCGACUUGAUGAUGAAGAAUGUAAUCAAAAGAUUAAUGACUGGUCGGACAAUAUUAUUGAAUCUGAACCUUACGUGGGCACUGGCGGAUAUACUAAUUUUUUUCAUGUGACGGACGAUGGUGAGAUACAUCCGGCAUUGGAUCCGGAAAACAGCAUUAGCAUGAUGAGUGAACAAUCUCUUUGUGCGAUGGAUGGACUUGAUUCACCCCAUGGUUAUCUCGUGUCUCCUUCCUCUACAAGCUCUUGCAGUCAAGGGGAAACACGGACUCCUCGAAGUUCCUGUUCUUCUUUUGAAGACGGAUUUUAUGUAGGUAGUCGUACAGGUCUAACAGGUUUUUUAAGACAAAAUCAAGAUUCUACUCGCCAACAGUCUCGGCUGUACCGCACAAACUCAUUACUGACGCCAGCACCAAAUCGUAGCAGGAUACAUGAGCGUGAUACAAGAGCAAUGAUCCCAGCAAUGAGUAGUAAUACUGGAGUAACUAUGACGCAAGAGGAAGUAGCAAGGCGUCAUCAUAGUCGUCACCAAUCGUUGCCAUUGAUGUCUGGUCACGUUAAUCUUCGACGAAACUCCAGUUUACCUCUCUACAAUAGAGUAGAUGAUGAAAACGAAACAUUACAUGAUUGUAAUAGUCCAGCGGGUGUAGCUCCAGUAAAUCCGCAAAGUCAACACAUCCAGUCCGGACAUGAAUCAACUCAAUCUCGACAUGCAAUAACACGAGAUGGACAUCAGCGAAUUUCUCCACCAUUGAGUCGAAAAACUCAUCGUCGAGCUUCCGAUGAUUCUCAUGGCCGUGGAAGGUUUGAGCCACCGCCCGAAUGGAAACACGAUGGCGAAUGCUCAAUUUGUCGCGCUAGUUUUGGUAUGUUUAAACAUCGCCAUCACUGUCGCAAUUGUGGCAAGUCAAUCUGCAGUCAACAUAGUGCAGAUAAAAAGAUUUCGAUGGAGACAAAAGGCUUUACAACGCCGCAACGUGUUUGUGUCACAUGCUACGCCAUGAUCAUUCACAGUCGAUCACUAAAGCAAGAUUUAGAACUUGAUGAUAUUGGACGUGGAGAUUCUAUAGUCAAUCGAAAUGAUUCUCAGCAACCAUAUCACGCAUCUGCAACGACUGACCGUAUUGCGUUUGCAUCUUCGAGCACAUCAGGAGUUAGUCGACACGGUACUGUCUUUGGUAGUGCUCGUAGUCCGAUAAGUGCAGAGGGCAGUCCGAUCUUCUCACCAUCAUUAAGUCGAAGAGCAAUUAUUGGAAAAGCGAAUGUCAUUGCAGCGGGUGAAGCAACUGGAGGAGCUGGUGAGUGUGCUACUCACGGCAGUGGAUUGACGUCACCUGUUCACGAAUUGCGCUGUUUAUUAGCCUCCCAGCAAAAGCAAAUUGAACAACUUGCUCAAAGUAAUAUGCAAAUGCAGCAGCAAUUACUUGAACAAGAAGAAUUAAAAGCAGAGACAAUGCUUCUCAUUACGCAGCUUAUGACGCGUGUGUCGGUACUUGAAUUGCAAAAAGAUCGAAGUUUUGUCAGUUGCAAACGUCGUAGUGCUGGAACAGGUGAAAGUGAAGACGAAGAUGAAGAAUUUCCGCAGGACGAAUCGCUGCAAGUCGGUACAAGGUUUCGGUAA